ACUAAUUUCUGUAUUUUGUCAUCCUUAUUUAUUCCUAUUUCUUUUUUGGGGGCACAUAGGACUGUAUGACAAAUGUUCUUACACCUCCCGUGACCGAGGAUGGGUCCUGGGGAUUAACACCGUCAGUGACCAGGGGAAUAGAGACCCCCGCUAUUUCUUCUCUCUGAAGACGGACCGUGCUCGCAAAGUAACCACCAUUGCAGCACAUCGCAGCUACCUCCCCAACCAGUGGGUGCAUCUGGCUGCCACGUAUGAUGGGCACCUGAUGAAACUCUAUGUGAACGGUGCCCAGGUGGCCACGAGUGGAGAGCAAGUGGGCAGCAUCUUCAGUCUUCUGACCUUGAAGUGCAAGGUGCUUAUGGUUGGAGGAAAUGCCCUGAACCAGAACUAUCGGGGUUACAUAGAGCACUUCAGCCUCUGGAAGACAGCCCGGUCUCAGAAGGAAAUCUUGUUGGACAUGGGCCAGGCAAUUCACAGACAAGACACGCCUCUACCUCAGCUAGUUCUUCAAGACAGUUUACUGAAUGUGAAAAACACCUGGUCUCCCAUGAAGGAUGGCAGCAGUCCUCAGAGCAAGUUCAGCUAUCAUCAUGGCUAUUUGCUGGAUACCAGCCUAGACCCUCCUCUCUGCGGACAGACGGUCUGUGACAACACAGACGUGAUUGCCAGUUACAACAAGCUCCCCAGCUUCCGCCGCAACAAAAUCGUUCGCUAUCGUGUGGUAAAUCUCUAUGACGACAAGCACCAGAACCCCACUGUCAGCCGGCAGCAGAUUGAGUUCCAGCAUCAGCAUUUAAAUGAGGCUUUCAGCCGCUACAACAUCACCUGGGAGCUGGAGGUGCUGGAGGUGAAGAACUCUUCCCUUCGCCACCGCCUCAUCCUGGCCAACUGUGAUAUCAGCAAAAUCGGGGACGAGAACUGUGAUCCUGAGUGCAACCACACCUUGACUGGGUAUGACGGCGGAGACUGCCGACACGUGCGCCACACGCUUUUCAACAAGAAGAAGCAGAAUGGUGUGUGCGACAUGGAUUGUAAUUAUGAGAGAUACAACUUCGAUGGUGGGGAAUGCUGUAACCCAGAGAUAACAGAAGUCACCAAGACGUGCUUUGACCCCUAUUCUCCUUACAGAGCAUAUUUAGAUGUCAAUGAACUAAAGAACAUCCUCAAACUGGAUGGAUCCACACACCUUAACAUCUUCUUUGCCAAUUCCUCCGAGGAAGAGCUGGCUGGAGUGGCAACUUGGCCCUGGGACAAGGAAGCCUUGAUGCAUCUAGGUGGCAUUGUGCUGAAUCCCUCCUUCUAUGGAAUCCCUGGCCACACACACACGAUGAUCCAUGAAAUCGGGCACAGCCUGGGGCUCUAUCACGUCUUCCGGGGAAUCUCAGAGAUCCUCUCCUGCAGUGAUCCGUGCAUGGAAACUGAGCCCUCCUUCGAGACUGGGGACCUCUGCAGUGACACCAACCCUGCUCCUAAGCACAAGCUGUGCGGGGAUCCUGGACCUGGCAACGACACAUGCGGUUUUCACAGUUUCCUAAACACGCCGUUCAGUAACUUCAUGAGCUAUGCAGAUGACGACUGCACCGACUCCUUCACGCCCAACCAAGUGGCCAGGAUGCACUGCUACCUGGACCUCGUCUAUCAGAGCUGGCAGCCUGCAAAGAAACCAGCUCCUAUUGCAAUCGCCCCCCAGAUUGUGGCUCGGACUUCCACCUCUGUCACCCUGGAGUGGUUUCCACCCAUCGAUGGGCACUUCUUUGAAAGAGAAGUGGGAUCAGCAUGUGAUCUGUGUGCGGAAGGAAGAGUCCUGGUGCAAUACGCCUUCAGCGCCUCUUCCCCGAUGCCCUGCGAUCCCUCGGGGCACUGGAGCCCGCGGGAAGCAGAAGGGCACCCUGAUGUUGAGCAGCCUUGUAAAUCCAGUGUCAGGACGUGGAGUCCCAACUCGGCAGUCAACCAACACACGGUGCCCCCAGCCUGUCCGGAGCCUCAGGGCUGCUACCUGCAGCUGGAAUUUCGUUAUCCCCUCACUCCAGAGUCCCUCACCAUCUGGGUGACGUUUGUUUCCCCAGACUGGGACUCCAGCGGAGCGGUGAAUGACAUCAGGUUGCUCACUGUCAGUGGGAAGAACAUUUCUCUCGGGCCGCAGAACGUCUUUUGCGACAUCCCAUUGACCAUCAAACUGGAUGAGAGACAAGUGGCCGAGGAGGUGUACGGGAUCCAGAUCUACACUCUGGAUGAGCACCUAGAAAUUGAUGCUGCCAUGCUGAGCUCUGUUCCCCACAGCACGCUGUGUGCAGACUGCAAACCCAUCCAGUACAAAGUGGUUCGGGACCCUCCUUUCCAGUUUGGAUCUUCAGUUGUCAUCUCAAACCUGAGCAGGAGAUUUGUUGACACGGAGCUGAGCAAUAGGACCACGUACACGUACCAGGUCGUCAUUGUUUCCGGGACGGAGGAGAGCGAGCCUUCCCCUGAGCUUGUGUACAUCUCUGGAAGUGGAUACUGUGGAGACGGGAUUAUCCAAGUAGACUUGGGGGAAGAAUGCGAUGAUAUGAAUAAGAUCAACGGUGAUGGCUGCUCCCUCUUCUGCCUGCAGGAGUUAUCCUUUAAUUGCAUCGAUGAACCCAGCAGGUGCUAUUUCCACGAUGGCGAUGGAGUCUGUGAGGAAUUUGAGCAAAUGACCAGCAUCAAAGACUGUGGUGUUUACACUCCCAAAGGCUUCCUCGAUCAGUGGGCUUCCAACGUCUCUGUCUCACAUCACAGUGACCAGCAGUGUCCGGGAUGGGUGGUCAUCGGUCAGCCAGCAGCAACCCAGGUGUGUCGAACUAAGGUGAUUGACUUGAAUGAUGGUGUCUCUCAGUAUGCCUGGUAUCCCUGCACGGCCAACUUCCAGUACUCCCACAUGACACAGACCAUUUUCUGGCUGAAGGCUUAUUUUUCCCAGCCUAUGGUAGCUGCAGCAGUCCUAGUUCACUUGGUCACUGAUGGGACCUAUUACCUGGAUCAGAAGCAGGAGACCAUCGGUGUGCAGCUGUUUGACACCAAAGAGCAAAGCCAUGAUCUUGGUGUCCACGUCCUGAGCUGCAGGAACAAUCCCCUGAUUAUCCCCGUCAUCCAUGACCUCAGUCACCCUUUUUAUCACACCCAGGCUGUCCUCAUUAGCUUCAGCUCCCAGUUUGUGGCCAUCUCCGGGGUGGCCCUGCGUUCUUUCCACAACUUCGACCCCAUCACCAUCAGCAGCUGCCAGCGAGGACAGACCUACAGCCCGGCGGAGCAGAGCUGUGUCCACUACUCCUGUGAAGCCACCGACUGCCAGAAGCUGGAGAUCGAGAACGCUCUGCUGAACUGCACCGGCGGCGGGUGGUACAACGGCGCCCAGUGCAACGUCAGCUGCAAGGCGGGACACAUCCUGCACGUCCAGCGAGACGAUGAGCUCAGCAAGAGCCAGAUGGAGCCCAGCAUCACCAUCACUUGCACAGAUGGGAAGUGGAACAAGCAGGUGACCUGCGAGCCCGUGGACUGUGGCAUCCCAGACCAGUACCACGUCUACCCAGCCACCUUCAACUGCAGCGAGGGGACCACCUUUGGCAAGAAAUGCUCCUUCACUUGCCGACCUCCUGCUCUUCUGAAAGGAAACAACAGCAACUUGACCUGCAUGGAGGAUGGGCUGUGGUCCUUUCCAGAGGCCCUGUGUGAGCUGAUGUGUCGAGCACCCUCCAUCGUCCCUAACGCAGAUCUCCAGACUACUCGUUGCCGAGAGGAUAAGCACAAAGUGGGCUCGUUCUGCAAGUACAAAUGCAAACCAGGUUACCAUGUCCCUGGAUCCUCCAGAAAAGCAAGAAAGCGAGCUUUUAAAAUCCAGUGCACGCAGGACGGCACGUGGCUGCCAGGCGCUUGCGUGCCCGUUACCUGCGACCCUCCACCUUCCAAGUUUCAUGGGCUCUACCAGUGCUCCAAUGGCUUCCAGUUCAACAGCGAGUGCCGGAUCAAGUGCGAAGAUGAUGAUAGUCAGUCGGGCCGUGGAAGCAACGUGAUUCACUGCCGGAAGGAUGGCACCUGGAGCGGCUCCUUUCAUCUGUGCAGGGAGAUGCAGGGCCAGUGCACGCUGCCCACGCAGCUCAACAGCCACCUCAAGCUGCAGUGUGCCGGCGGCUACGGCAUAGGCGCUGAGUGUACCACCUCCUGUCUGGACCACAGUCACGAGCCCAUCCUCCUGCGCAUCAACGAGACCGUGCAAGACAUCCAGCACUGGAUGAACCCGCAGAGAGUGAAGAGCGUUGUCUGCACGGCAGGACUCAAGUGGUACCCUCACCCUUCCCUGAUUCAUUGUGUCAAAGGCUGCGAGCCUUUCAUGGGGGACAACUACUGUGACUCCAUCAACAACCGAGCCUUCUGCAACUAUGAUGGUGGGGACUGCUGUGCCUCAACAGUCAAGACCAAAAAGGUUACUCCCUUCCCUAUGUCCUGUGACCUACAAGGAGAGUGUGCUUGCCGGGACCCCAAGGCCCAAGAGCACAAUCAGAAAGACCUCCGUGGCUUCAGUCUUGGGUAA